AUGGCUUAAUAUGAAGCAUGAUCUACCUUUACUAUAACCUAUAGUGUGAUUAAGUGACAUUUUCGCUUUUUUUCCGUGUCUUAGGCACUUCAGCCAGCAAGAUGGGUCGCCGACCCGCAAGAUGUUACCGCUACUGCAAGAACAAGCCGUACCCCAAGUCGCGGUUCUGUCGUGGUGUCCCCGACCCGAAGAUCCGCAUCUUUGACUUGGGCCGCAAGAAGGCGCGGGUGGACGAGUUCCCGCUGUGCAUCCACCUCAUCUCGAAGGAGUUUGAGCAGAUCUCGUCCGAGGCGCUGGAGGCUGGCCGCAUCUGCGCCAACAAGUACCUUGUCAAGACCUGCGGCAAGGACGCUUUCCACCUCCGGAUGAGACUCCACCCCUUCCACGUCAUCCGAAUCAACAAAAUGUUGUCGUGUGCUGGCGCUGAUAGGCUGCAGACGGGGAUGCGUGGUGCCUUUGGCAAGCCCCAGGGCACAGUCGCCAGGGUGAAAAUUGGCCAGAAGAUCAUGUCAGUGCGCGCCAAGGAGCAGCACAAGGAGAACGUCAUUGAAGCGCUGCGUCGUGCCAAGUUCAAGUUCCCCGGCCGCCAGAAGGUGCACGUGUCCAAGAAGUGGGGCUUCACUAAGUGGGAUGCCGAGGAGUACGAAGAGAUGCGUGCCGACGGCCGGCUGAAGCCAGACGGCUGCUACUGCCACUACCGCGGUGGCCACGGUCCCCUCAACAACUGGAUGAAGAUCCAGAGGGAGCUCCGCGGCAUCGAAUAGGCACUGCCUCUCACGACUUGAGACAAUAAACGGCACAUCCUUGUCUUGCA